CACACACUGAAUGUGUGUGGACUCAUGCCUGUGCAAGAACUCCUGCUCUAGGAGGCACUCUGUUCUUGAUUAGGGGAGAGGAUUUUCCAACUUUUUUCUCAAAAAAGCUGAAAUCUUGAUUUAUUUUUAAAUUUUUUAAAAAUAAUUAAAAAAAUGGGAGUUGUUACAGUUGCUGAACUGAAGCCAAGCAUAUCAGGAAAGAGGUCAUUUCGUCCCAGUUCAAGUGCAAGGCAAGUUACUGAAUGGCCAAUCUCCGACGUCUCUAGUGAUCUAACCAUUGAAGUCGGAACAGCAAGUUUUGCUCUUCACAAAUUCCCUCUCGUUUCCCGGAGUGGACGAAUACGAAAACUGCUGCUCGAAGCAAAGGAUUCCAAGGUGUCAAGGUUGAAUCUCUCCGGCAUUCCCGGUGGACCACAGGCAUUUGAGCAGGCUGCAAAAUUCUGUUAUGGGGUGAAUAUUGACAUCACACUGUCAAAUGUGGCUAUGCUGAGGUGUGCAUCUCAUUUUCUUGAAAUGACAGAGGAAUUCUCCGAGAAAAACCUCGAGGCCAGGGCCGAGGCCUACCUCAGAGACGCAGUCCUAACCAACAUACCUAACUCAAUCUCGGUGCUCCAUCACUGCGAGAGCCUGCUGCCAACUGCUGAGGAAAUCAACCUUGUGAGCAGAAUCAUCAAUGCCAUUGCAAACAAUGCAUGCAAAGAGCAGCUCACCUCUGGUUUGUCCAAAUUGGAGCACAAUUUUUCCUCGAAGCCCGUUGCUGCCACGGAGGCUGAGACGCCCUUGGACUGGUGGGGGAAGUCGCUCUCACAGCUGAAUCUUGAUCUCUUUCAGAGGGUUCUCUCGUCUGUGAAGACGAAAGGGCUGAAGCAGGACUUGAUCAGUAGGAUUCUGAUAAAUUAUGCUCAAAACUCCAUUCAAGGCCUUGUGAAAGGCAACAUCUCAGAUCUUGAUUUGCAGAAGAAGCAAAGGAUCACUGUGGAGACCAUCACCGGUUUGCUCCCUUCACAGUCCAGGAAAAGCUCGGUGCCAAUGGCGUUCCUCUCGAGCUUACUCAAGUCCGCCAUAUCUGCAUCGGCAUCCACCUCUUGCAGGUCUGAUCUGGAGAGGAGGAUUGGGCUGCAGCUGGACCAGGCGAUCCUCGAAGACAUACUAAUCCCCGCGAAUCCCCAUGGAAACAGCCACAGCCCUAUGUAUGACACCGACUCAGUGCUGAGGAUCUUCUCCAUUUUCUUGAACCUUGAUGAGGAUGAUGAUGAUGACACUCAGCUUAGAGACGAGAGCGAGAUGGUGUAUGACUUUGACAGCCCCGGCUCGCCCAAACAGAGCUCGAUCAUCAAGGUCUCGAAGCUGUUGGACAACUACCUCGCAGAGGUAGCACUUGACUCAAACUUGGCGCCAUCAAAGCUUACCUCUCUCGCAGAGCUUCUCCCUGAUCACGCUCGUAUGGUCUAUGAUGGAUUGUACCGUGCAGUCGACAUCUUCCUCAAGGUUCAUCCCAACAUGAAGGACUCAGAGCGGUACCGCCUCUGCAAGACCAUCGACUGCCAGAAGCUGUCUCAAGAGGCGUGCAGCCACGCAGCUCAGAACGAGCGGCUGCCAGUGCAGAUGGCGGUGCAGGUGCUCUACUUUGAGCAGAUAAGGCUGAGGAACGCCAUGAAUGGAGUGGGAGGGCAGAGCCACUUCUUCUUCGGCUCCAUGAAUGGCUUCCCACAGCGGUCAGGGAGUGGGGCAGGGAGCGGGUGCAUCUCGCCACGAGACAACUACGCCUCAGUGAGAAGGGAGAACCGGGAGCUGAAGCUGGAGGUGGCAAGGAUGAGGAUGAGGCUCACCGAUCUUGAGAAAGACCACGUCUCCAUGAAGCAGGAGCUCGUGAAAUCGCACCCGGCCAACAGAUUGUUCAAAUCUUUCACCAGGAAACUCAGCAAGCUCAACUCAUUGUUCAGGAUCAAAGACAUGAAGCCUAUGGGGGGGAAGGCCAGCUCCGAGACCAGGUUUCUGUUUCAGAAACGGAGGCGCCAUUCUGUUUCUUGAAUGCUUUUGCUCGUAAAUACCACAACCUGUAUAGAUUUACUCAUUGUGUUUUUGAUUUUUUGAUUUUUUUUGUUUGUUUGGUGUUUUGAGGUUUUAUAGUGUUUCAUUUUUUUUUUAUCCCUAUCUUUUUGUUCAUUGUCUAGUGAUAAUGCUUUGCCUGUUUAUUUGAUCA